AUGGCUUCACCACUUACACCAUCGCCUUCAACCGAAAUUCCACUUCGAAAUCUUCCUCCAACACCAACUAGUCACUAUGUUGUCAGAAAAGAAAUUAUAGAUAUUAUUUGCGAUCAAUUGAAGAUCAUCGAUAAAUCAUCUGGACAUAUAUUAGUUCAUGGUAUGGCUGGCAGCGGUAAAACAAUUUCUGUUUGCCAGUCCGUAAAGCAAGCUGCCAAUAUGGGCUGGUUUAAAUCGAAUGGUUAUUACUGGAUAAAAAUUGGAAAUAUCACAAACAGCGAAUUAUUCAAUCAACUCAAGAUAUUAGGUAUUAGCCUUGGGAUGGAAUGGAAACCAUAUAUUCAAUCAGCCGGAGAAAUUUGCGCUGGUCUCAGCAAUUACUUAAAAGAGGAUCACUAUCAAUAUUUAACCUUCGCUAAAAAGUCAAUUGCCACUUCACGAUUUCUAUUUUCUGAAAUUGAGCUCAAUCAUUACUGCAUCCAUUUGCCGGAGAAGUUAACUUAUGAUGAAGCUAUAGAGUUACUAGCGUUACAUCGAAAUGAUCAUGACGCUCAGAUUCUACGCAAUAAUGAAGUAGUCAAAAAUGUCAUAGAGAGUUGUGCAGGCUUACCAUUAGCGAUCAACUUGAUUGGAGGUUUGCAAUUGCAGGCAGAUGAAGCAUGGAAGGAAGCAAUGGCUAUCAUAGCCGAUAAAUCUAUGCAAAUUCAAUUAGCGAAUUACAGUUUUAAUUUAUACGGAACAUUAGAAUUAAGUGCUAAUUCAUUAAAAAACGGGAAAAAAGAAUUAUUUCAAGAUCUAGCUGUAUUUAAGCCAGCAGAUAUUCCUACAGAAGCGAUUUCAACCUUAUGGAAUCUCAGCCAUCAGAAAACCAACAGUAUCUUAAUGGAAAUGAAUAAUAAAUCAUUAUUAAGAUACAUUACAGGAGCCAGGUGUUACUGCAAUAUACAUGACUUAAUGAUUGACUACCUACACCGAAGAAUAAAUGCGCAGACAUCCAAUCAGGAUGGUCUUCGAAAUCUAAAUAACAAAUUAAUUGAUGGUUACCGUACCAAAUGUAAUGGCGAAUGGAGUACCAUUCCUGACGAUGGAUAUUUUUAUCAAAACAUUAUUCACCAUGCUAUUGUAGCUGAAAACGAUGAAUACCUGGAAAAUUUUAUGACUGAUUUAAAUUGGAUGACAAGAAAAAUUAGAUCAGACAAGACAAUCUAUAAGCUUGCCUGCGAUUUAGGAAAUUACAUCAAUUACAAGCAAAAAAAAGAGGUCCUACAACAAGCGUGGCUGGAGGCAAAUGAUGCUGAUGUAAUACAACUUCUUUUAUGGUUCGAUAUGACAGACAGCAGAACGAGGCAAAGAGCUAUACAGUUGGCUCGAAGUGCAGGAAAUCAUAGCAGCAACUUCAUUCAUUGGACAAUAGCAUCCUAUUCAACUACUGCUACAAUCGAAUACACUUAUGAUGCAUGUAAAGGAUUUGGUAAAAAUGAAUGGGAUGACCAUAUUUCACUUUCGAGACCUCAAUUCGAUCAUUUACGAAUCAUUGUUACUGAAAAUAAUAAGACUCCAGACUGCGAAAUUUUGAUCAAAGACUAUGAAAGAUGCAAUAUUAUAAAUCGGAUCCGUCCUCCAGAACCUACCAUGUGCAUUACAAGGAUUCAAAUUUCAGCAGACGGUUAUUCUGCGGCUUUUCAAAUUUUCUAUGAGGAAUGGAUUGUCUAUAAUAUUGACAAGAAAGAGCAAAUAAACUUCAUCAAUAGCGAUGAACGGGAACAAUAUCGAAAUAUAUUUUCGUCAUUGCAGUUCUGUCCGGUGAUAGACAAAAGUUACGUGAUCAUGACACUUUCCUACGACCAUCGCAGAGUUAAAAUUUGGGAGAUUAAAGGCAGUCAAAUACUUCCUGCUAACAAAGAAAUAUCAUGCGAUUAUGAGAUACAUACUUGCCGAUGGAUAAUGGCGCAAAACACUAGCCAAAUCUUAUUAUGGUGGAGAAAAUAUAAUCGGUUCUAUCAAGAAAGUAAACUUACGGAAUCAGAAAAGUACAUGAAUAAAUGUCAAGUUGAAAUCUGGAGUUUGGAUCCAUGGUUAUGCCAGAUGUCAGUAACCUUGCCGACCAUCGUCUACAAUAAAACUACUUCUGAUAAUUAUCUUGCUACAGCUGAUAUUGAAAAUGGGCUGGCAUUGCAAUACAUUAACUACAUUAAUAAUAAUGGUGCAUUUAUAAUUUUGGUGUACUCCUUCGAUGGAAAAUACUCUAAUUAUAGUAGUGUAGUCGGCUUAUUAAAAGUAGAAGACAUUCUCGAUGUCAAUACCUACAUCAAUGAAUUUUCAAAACAUUUUCAGCCAAUAUUUUACCCUACUGAAUGUAUUAGAAAUAUCUUUGUAUCAGAUAAUCAGCAAUUCAUCGCUAUCAGUGAUAAAAAUACCGAUGGGGUGAUCGUUCUCGCUGUUACGAAGGGUCGCGUCCAAUCUUAUGCAAUACUAAAUCCAUCAGACUAUAAUCAAGCUACAUUUAUCCCUGGUACAAGUCGAUUACUUGUUUAUGACUGCCGAAUAAAGCAGAGAAUAUAUGAGUAUAACUUACAAGGCCAUAACAUUCACUGGCAAGAUAUAGGUUUCGCUAAAAGAGUUGAGAAAUAUGGCGACUUAAGUCAUCGCCCAAAGAAUAACGUAAAGAUAAUAGACUUAAGUAUGGCUCACAUUAACAACAUUGCAGUUGCAGCUAUGUUGACUAAGGAUGACAGUGAUAAAUGCAAACUGCAGGUAUACGAUUAUGAAGUAAAGAAGCGCAGAAGGAAGCUUCUGUACUCUAUGAAGAACGACUAUCAACGGUGUUUUUUAUACGAUGAUUUUCAAUCGGCUAUCGUUAUAUGCUUUAAAGGUGAUGAAUCCAAGACUAUUAUCACGGAGAUAGAUAACUUUCUAAGAAUGGAAGAUGGUCCGUUGCACAGGGAAUUGCUAAAUUACAGUCGACCACAAUGUACCAAUCUACUUGGAAUAGAAUCGAGAUAUAGAAAUAUAGAUAAUACACUAAUUUUUGUCAUAGAAUUUGAGAAUGAUGACGGUUACAAGUCUAUGAUAAUAAUAUCGAUAGACCUCGCAACUGCAGAUAACUUGAUUUAUAAAUCAGCCUGGAAACCUGAGAGCCCAAGAAAAAUUUACAUGGAUGAUAAUUAUCUUUAUCUAUGGCAGACAGAAAAACAUCAUGACGAUGAUAGAUAUAUUGACAGCAUUAAGUGCUACAAAUUUGGAGGCAAUAAACAGCAAACCCAAUUACUACAAAUGGAUCUAUUUGAUAAGAAGAAAGGAUUAAUAUGUAAAGUAAAUAUAAAUGCUAAUGGAAACGGUAGAGAUCCUUUGAUUAAAUAUUCGCCGAAAUAUAAGGAGGAAGAUUUCUUCAUUGCAAUUUGGGGAGAAAAAGAUACCAACCUAAUUGUAUGUCUUAUUUGA